AUGAACUUAAUUUUAUAAUCUCAAACCUCAGAACUUAAAAAAAGCAUCUCGCAAAUUUAUUCUAUUCAUUCAUUCAUUAAUUAAUUAACUCAUACAAGCAGAAAAAAUACAUUUAUUUAGCUAGCAAGCAAAAAGCAAGAGCUCAUUGAUUCAUUCACUGAUUAACUUUGA